GAGGGACCCGGAGCUCAGUCUAUUCUCUGUCCCCUCAGUGUGUGUCAGUGUGUGUGUGAGUGAAGGGAGUGAGUUCAUGGUUUUCAGGGGUUUGCGCAGCAGGAGCAAAACAAAGCUGGAUUUUAUUCCAAGCAUGGGACCCUACAUUUAGUUUGCUCUGGAUUAUUGUUUUUUUUUUUUAUUUUGGUUCUGAAUUUGGAUUUUACCCCCCACCCUCACUCAUACCCCCCUGAUGGUGCAUGUGAGGGGAGCGUGUGUGAUGUUUGACGGUGGCGCCUGGCGGAUCCGCAGUAUUUGGGACGGGGUGAAGCUGGAGGUGGGCGAGCAGACUGGACCGGUGGUGCUGAGCAGCUUCACCCAGCUGGACCCUGACCUACCACUGCUGGAGAAUGCCACUCAGGAGAUAGGUGAGGAGGUGGAGGAUGGAGCUGUGUUCACCAUCACGCUGCGGAAGGUGCAGAUGCACCACUCGGCCACUAAAGGUCAGCGGUGGCUCGGUGUGGACUCAGAAUCCGCCCUCAGCCUUUACGAGACGUGUAAGGUCCGCACCAUUAAAGCAGGAACGCUGGAGAGGCUGGUGGAGUACAUGGUGUCCGCCUUCAGAGGAAAUGACUCCACAUACGUCACCAUCUUCCUCUGCACGUACCGCUCAUUCGCCACUACCAAACAAGUGCUGGACCUGCUGCUCAACAGGUAUGCUAAACUGCAGCACCUGCCGGGUUCAGAGGGCCACCGGCUGACCCACGAUGACCGCACGGAGCUCAGGAACACCAUAUCCUCCAUCCUGGGGGCGUGGUUGGACCAGUAUUCAGAGGAUUUCUGGAAGCCUCCGGAGUACAGCUGCCUGAGACGCCUUAUUUCAUACCUGCACGUUAACUUUCCCGGGUCGGACCUGGAGCGGCGAGCCUGUAACCUGCUGGCUCAGUUCCACCGCAGACUGCAGCAGGAGCCUGAACCUGAGGUCCUGGACCACGGGGCCUGCACCUUCUCUCUUCUGGAAGAGAACGGCUAUGACGACGAUCGGCCGGACUUCCUGAGCUUUGACCCUACAGUGGUGGCGGAGCAGUUCACUUUGAUGGACGCAGAGCUCUUUAAGAAGGUGGUGCCGUAUCAUUGUCUGGGCAGUAUUUGGUCUCAGAGGGAUAAGAAAGGGAAGGAACACCUGGCCCCCACCAUCCGGGCCACCGUCGCCCAGUUUAACUGUGUGACCAACUGUGUGAUAGCCACCUGUCUGAGUGACCGGACGCUUAAACCCACACAGAGAGCCAAAGUGCUGGAGCGGUGGAUCGAGGUUGCCAGGGAAUGCCGUAUCCUGAAGAAUUUCUCGUCUCUGCGGGCGAUCCUCUCCGCGCUGCAGUGUAACCCCGUCCACCGCCUCCGGAGGACCUGGGACGAAGUCUCCAGAGAAAACUUCAGAAUUUUCCACGAACUGUCUGAAAUCUUCUCAGACGAGAACAAUCACUCGCUCAGCAGAGAGCUGCUCAUCAAGGAGGGCACAUCCAAAUUUGCGACGCUGGAGAUCAACCCCAAACGAGCACAGAAAAGACAGCAGCCACAGAGAGACCUGAGUGUGAUGCAGGGUACCAUCCCGUACUUGGGCACAUUCCUCACUGACCUGGUGAUGAUGGACACUGCCAUGAAGGACUACUUGGAUGGUGGUCUGAUCAACUUUGAGAAGAGGAGAAAGGAGUUUGAGGUGAUAGCUCAGAUUAAGUUGCUGCAGCUGGCCUGUAACAACUACAACUUUAUCCUCUAUGGUCGAUUCAGAGAGUGGUUCUCCAGCGUGGACAAACUGACCGAGGCCGAAAGUUACAGCUUGUCCUGUGAGAUCGAGCCAUUGUCAGAGUCGGCCUCCAACACACUGAAGGCCAAGAAAAACACGGGAAUCAUCAAACGCUGGAGCGAUCGUCAGCCGGUCAGUUCUGCUGAAGCCGGCUGCAGCAGUGCGGGCAGCUCUCACUCUAAGUCCUUUGAUCAGUUGCGUUAUCCCUCGUGUUUGGGCGGUUCAGUGGGCAGCGGCGGAGUGGAUGGCGGAGACUCGCUCAGCGUAACGUCCGCCGGCUCCAGCAGUUCCGACAUCGAGGAGAUUAACAUCAGCUUUAUCUCCGACUCCCCCGACGCACACGAGAAGAAGACGUCCACGCCCUGCGUAAAACAUUCCAAUUCUACCUUAGGGAAGUGUGGGCCAAUGGGAGAUCUCACACCAACGUUCUGGGAGUCCACCUCUCUCUCCUCUCUCGACGCCUCUGCCCUCGGCUCCGGCUCCGGCUCCAGCAGUGCCUCGUCCUCCUCAGUCUCCUCCACGCCGGUCACUCUGUCUCGUUCACACAAGCGCUCGGUGUCCGGCGUGUCCAGCUACUCCUCCCUCUCUCUGCCGCUCUACAACCAGCAGGUGGACGACUGCUGCAUCAUCAGGGUCAGCCUGGACGUGGACAAUGGAAACAUGUACAAGAGCAUCCUGGUCACGAGUCAGGAUAAAACUCCUGCGGUGAUCAGGAAGGCCAUGGUGAAACACAACCUGGACCGAGAGAGGCCAGAGGACUACGAGCUCGUGCAGAAAAUCAGUGAGGAGAAAGAGUUGAAGAUUCCAGACAAUGCCAACGUUUUCUACGCUAUGAACUCCUCAGCCAACUACGACUUCGUCCUGAAGAAGCGCGGCUUCCCGCGGACGGGCCGCACCAAGCACGUGGCCAGCUCCACCUUGCCUCGAAUGAAACAGAAAGGCCUGAGGAUCGCCAAAGGGAUUUUCUGACCCCUCAAGUCUCCCUACAGUCUCUCACCUGUCCCUCCUCACUCUACCGUUGGCCUCAGUUCCUGCUGCUGUUCGUUAGCAUCCAGGCUAAUCGAGACCUGCUGUGGAAAAGCGGCUAAUGUUCAAAGGUCAAGCCCUAAAGACUGGGAGAGAAAAGUCACUGCCAGCUCAGGAGGCCACCCGUAGCAGUCAGAGUGGUUAUGGAUGGACAGUUUGCCAUGUUUACAGACGCUCCAGAACCCACUUCCUGUGUCAACCCACCUCCUGCGCUGCAUCUGAGGUCGCUUCCUGUGAACUGCAGACUGGACCGUGUGCCAUGUUGCAGACUCCCUCACUGCCAAUGUAAGGACAGCCUGGAGCAGUUUGGAGACAAAGUGCACAAUACAUGGCUAGCAUGAUGACUAGCACCUUUUUUUUAAAGCUUUUCCUGCAGAAAAGUUCCUGAACUCUGGUUUCUUGUGAGCUCUGGCGACGUUUGCCUUGGUGGACUGCAACCUGACAUUCGCAAGCUUGUGCUCAUUUUCUUUCCCCCUUGCUUUCACACGCUUUCGAGUGUGAAGAUCAUUGUGACUCAGUCUGAACUGGAGAGAUGAGUGAAUCCGUCUGGUCUUCGCAAGAGAAAUGCCUCCAAACAAGUUGUCAGAAAUCAGGAUACUCUGUUUUUUCCUGGUCUUUAAAGUCUAAGAGAACCUCUAUGUCCAGCUUUGUGAAACAAAAAGGGCAUUACAACAGCAGACAUUCUUCUAACGAUGAUUAUUCUCCUCAGAUUUCUGUUGCAGAUACUCUUUUUAGGGGUCCAAGCACCAAAGGCGCUGGAGCCCUGUUGUUUUUGAGUAUUGUUUUCUCUGUGUCUUUUCCUCUAUUUGGUGCUAACUAACACUGACGUCCUCCAGCUGGCUCUCACCAUCAUUUCAGAGCCUCACCUUGCUAAAGGAACCACACAGCUGGAUGGAUGACGCCUAGCCGCAGUGCUAACAUGCUAGCAUGCUGGCACACUGCUCACAUGACGAACUGGAAAGCACUAGAAGUAAUGAGUGACUGACGACCAGGUUUGCCUGGCUGCCUUUAAGAGUUAGGGAUGAUGGGUUUUGUAUGUCAUGAAACAGUAUAUAGUCAGGUCGAGCAGUAGACUGUGAAUGCAGUAGAUUAAUUGAGUCGGCUAAUGGAAGAAGUGUCAAAUUUGGUAGGAAUUGCCAACUCCUUCUCCACUCUUUCCAAAAGAGCAGGGCUAUUAUAGGAUUGUAAUUAACUCACUGUAUUCUGGGGUGGAUUUCCCAGUCGGAAUCGCGAAAAGGCUCCAAUCGGUGAGGCCGAUUUGCUUGAUUAAUCUGUAAUUGGCUGGGAGUAAAUGGGGAAAAUAAAACACAAAGUAAAGUGGGAAUUUAUAUUAAGAAGAUAUUAAACAUGAAUGAAGACGGAGAGCGACAGAUGAUGGAUGGAAAGCGAUAGAAGACAGAUAAACAUGAAUGUUGUUUUGUGAACUGUGAUAUUCUGGUGUUGCGUCUAGUCGGUGUUGGGGGGAAAACGAAUAAUAGAACAAAAUCCAUUGCCAUUAAUAUCACAUUUCUGUUCCUGGGUCUAACGUUACUAAACAUUAUAAACACUAUUAAUACACUAAAGCGAAGUAAGGGGGCUUGUUUAAUUUGCUAAAAACUCUGCCUGUUACAAAGAGGUCAGUCAGCACUGUGUAUACCAGCCUAUCACCUGCUUACCAGUAGUAUUCCAGCUGCAGCCCUGUAGGUCAGUCUUCAGGUUGGGGAAAUGCCUCGUGUUGGACGGAUGUUAGCCAACAAGCUAACUAACUUGCAUUAGCUAGCCAGCUAAAGCAAAGCCGGUUUAUGAGGAGCCUGGCCACUUCCUAUUCUCCCCGUUAUAUCAAAAACAGGACUGCCAAACAGCAGAGGGCGCCCACGAGUGAGUCCUAAAUGAAUGAGAGUAAAUGGCGCUCAACGGCUAAAAACGAAAGGUUAAAAUAGUUUCUAAUCACUUUCCCAGAACGUUUCUUUGAUUUUAGAAAGUAGAAGGAUGCAUUUCACUAAAAAAACAAAAAAAUCCUACCUAAAUAUUUCCUUUUUUCUACAGCAAACGGGUUUUGGGCAGCAGAAGGCGGGCAUUAGUGCUAUAGCGUGAUGAUUGGUGAGCGGAGCAGCUCAUUGGCUGUUCACGCUCACUGACGUCGUGGACAUACAUGAGGCGCGUUUUUAAUCUCAUAUAACUCGAAUUUAAAGGCUCUUAAAAAUAUACCAGCAGUACUAAAAUGGUUUAUGCUGUCUGUGUUCAGGACAUGAUUGCGUUCUUUUACAUUAAAAAUGUUUACUCAUUCAUAAACUAUGAUUUUGCUCAAAUGCUCCAUAUCAACCCAUUCAUUUUGGACUCACUCGCGAGCGCCCUCUAGCAUCUGAAAAACCCGAAAGACGUUGCAGAGUGGUACUUCUCAUCUCUACAAGUUCUCUGGCUAAAGUGUUGGUGCGGUAGCUGAUGUUCAAAUGAGCUGAAUAAAAGCAUUGAAGUUGUGGAUUUGGUUAGUUAGCUCCUCAACCAUGUUGGCUAAGAGUUAAGGUUGGGGUUAGAAAGCUAGUUAGCUAGCUGGCUAAGAUACACCAGAAGAAUCAAUUUUAAACAUAAUUAUACAACAAGAGGAUACAUUAUUUUAGCUAACAUUAGUGUGGGAUACAUCAAUAGCUAGCUAGGCAGUUUACUAGCUUGUUGGCUAUUUAAAGACUUUGCCAAAGAUCCUAAAAAAGGGCAAACAGGAUACCGCAUGCCUAGUCAGUGGGAAGAAAAGUGUUACAGUUCCUGUCUGCUUAAGUCUUGUCAAAGUCCUUAGAGGAAAGUCUGUCCCUUUGCUGGCCAUCUUUGUGAUGCCGUGGGCAGUUCUAAUCUCUUUAACAGAAAUCGCAUAAACAGUUUGUAUUAUUUGGUCCAAAAAUCACACAGAACCAUGUUUUUUGGGGUCGUCUCUCCACAACAAGGGGGAGCUUUUCCUGCUUGCGGCUAUACCAGCAAUUCGAUUGUCUCUUUUUAUUGAAGGACAGGGCUUUUAUCCUUAAACAGGCUGAAUGUUGAGCGUAUCCCAUUCAUUUUUCAACCACUUAAUUGCCCCCUCUUAUAGUGUAGUCACAAGACCCUGGCAAUCACAAAAAAGGCCACAAGUGUGCUGUAAUCACGAUGUGAGAAAAAGUAAUCAAUGGGGCUCUGUUGUCUGCAUAAAGGGGCGAAUGAGUGCCCCC